AUGAAUGAAGAUUCAUCUAAUAUCGAUGUUAUUCAUGAUAAAAACCCAUUUAGAAAUCAAUCAAAUACAAACAAAACACAUAUAUUAAACUCACAAUUAAUUGAAUAUCCUUUUAAAAGUUUAAAUAGAAUAUUAGAUGAUAUAAAAUGGACCAUUCCAAUGAAACAAAAAUAUAAUUAUAGUAUAUUAAAUAAUAAACCAAUUGAUUACUCAAAUUCAUUAGCAAAUUUGAAUAAUCAAUGUGAAGUUUUAAUACUUAAUGAAAAUUUAGAUUAUUGUAAAUCUGUUGAAAAAAUUGAUUUUGAAGAAACUAAACAAACACUUUAUAUAAUUCGUGGUUUGAUAAUAGAUAAAUAUAUAAAUCAUUUUAGAAUUAGUAUCCUUGAAGAUUAUUCAAAUCCAUUUGCUAAUUUAACUGAAAAACAUCAAUAUCAUAUAAUACCAAAGGAUAUAAUUGGUAAAAAUGAUGCUGAAUUAUUACUGACCAGUAUUAAUACUGAACAGGGUAUAAUUGAUGAAGCUUAUUUCAAGAGUUACAACUCUUCAACUAAUCAACUAUUGAAUGUCACAAUUACUAAACAAGAAUUUACAAAAGAGGAUUUUGAAUCAUUAACUGAUGAAACAAUUAUUAAACAAAGAUAUCUAUCAAAAUUAGAUCUAUUUCCGAAUUUAUCACCUGAAAAUAUACCACAUCCAUCACAUUGUUUAGGGAUGUUAAUAAAAAUAUUAAAGGGUCCAAUUUUGAAACACCAAGAUGAACCUACAAAACGUAUCAGUUUAAUAAAUACGGUAAUGGAAACACAAGUUGAUGUCAACUUGUUAUUAAACAAAUUAGGUUUUGAAAUGGAUCAUGAAAACGAAGAAGUUAUACCACCAAAUUUAAAUGCUGAUAGAAAUUUAAGAGAAUCGUACAUUAGAAGGGUGCUAGAAUUGAUUUAUUUUAAUAAAAAAUCAAGAUAUGAUUCAACCUUUACAUUCUCAGAUAAUAUGUCACAAGUUUUUUCAGCCAUUGUAGAAUAUGAUAAAUUACAAAGUAUAACAAACUUCAACAAACCAAAUAAAAUUCCAGCUUUUAUAAAUCUAAGUUGUUGUCAAUAUUUCCCAGACGAUUUAAUAAUAAAAUUCUUUGUAUACACAGUUCAAUCUGAUGUGAAAAAUUCAUUACAUUAUGUUGAUUCAUUGAAAGUAAUAAAACAAUUUCGAAAUUCAACUAAAAUUGAUGCAUAUUUACAAAAUCAUCCAGAUUUAAUUGGGUAUGAAGAUUUUUUUGAUUCAAUGAGAAUUCUUGGUAUUUCAGUUGAUACUAAUGAGGUUGAUGAUGAUAUAAUCAUAGCAAUGUAUAGAUCAUCUUAUCAGAAAGAUCCUAGAAAUUAUCAAUAUUAUAACAAUCAUCUUAAAAGAAUUGCAAAAGUUAAACAAUCAGAAAGGCUUAGCAAUUUUAUUGAAACAGAAUUAAAACCAAUUGAUUUAUCAUUACAAGAGGUUGGAAUUGAAGAAAUUACAGAAGAUGAUGUUGUUAUAACAGCUUAUGAAUUUAAACUAGAUGACAUUUUACAAGCUAAUAAUUUUAAUCCAAAUUCUAUGGAAAUUUUAUCAUUAAAUAAAGCAUUAUUAUCAGUUGCAGUACAUAGAAGAAGUUAUUUAUUAUUAGAUUAUAUUGAAAAUAAAUUAUUUGAUAUUUACAAGAUCCCCCAAUUUAAUGAAAUUACAACAAUAAAAGCUUAUGAAAUUUUAAAUGUAAAUUCAACAUCAUCAAUAUUUGAUGUUAUACAAAGUUUUCAAAACAAGUAUUUAAGGGAAGAUGUUAGAAUAUUAAGAUAUGCAAUGAAAUUAAUUGCAGAGGAUAAAAAAUCUGAAAUUAUACAUAGUUUUUUAAAAACAGGCAAAAUUGAUUCUUCAUUAUUACCUACUGAAAAUUGGCCAGCUGGCUUGGAUAAUAUUGGUAAUACAUGUUAUUUAAAUAGUUUAUUACAAUAUUAUUUUUGCAUUAAACCAUUAAGAGAAUUAAUUUUGAAUUUUAAAGAAACUGAUUCAAAUGAUUUCCCAAAAGAUAGAACAAUAGGUGGUAGAAAAGUUGAACAACCAGAAUUAUUAAGAUCAAAUCAAUUUAUGUAUCAAUUGAAAAAAUUAUUUGAAGAAAUGAUUCAUACUAAUAAAAGAUGUGUACAACCUAGUAAAGAAUUAGCAUAUUUGUCAUUUUUACCAUUAUCACAACCAGUUGAAUUUAAGAAAGCAGAAAUACAAGUUGAACCAAAAGAGAUAGAAGAAAUUGAAUCUACUACAGAAGAAAUGUCAGGUAUUGAAGAGAAUAAAGUUUCAGAUGAAGAAGAACUUAUUGAUAAUUUUGAAACUACUCCUGUAUUGUCAAUUUCAGAUACAGUUAUGCAAAACACUAUAGAAGUUGGUACACAGCAAGAUGUUACUGAAAGUAUAGAGAAUGUCACAUACCAAAUUGAAACUGCAUUACCUCCAACAACAUUAGAAAAAGAUGGUGAGCAAAUUGAUUUUAUCAAAGAACUUUUCCAUGGAAAAACUAAACAAAUUAUUCAACCAUUAAAAGGUGGAAAAGAAAGAAUUUCAAUUGAAAGAUUUUUCAGUUUAAUCAUUAAUAUAAGUGAACAUCCAAAGUCAAUUUAUGAUGCAUUAGAUUAUUACUUUAAUGAAGAUUUAGUUAAAUUAGAUGAAGGAGAAGCCAAAAAAUCAAUUACAAUAACUGAAUUACCAAAAAUUUUACAAUUUCAUGUUCAAAGAGUUAUGUUUGAUCGUGAAAAAUUAAUGGCCUAUAAAUCAAUUGAACCAAUACCAUUUAGUGAUAAGAUAUAUCUUGAUAGAUAUUUGGAUACAGGGGAUGAAGAAAUUAUAAGUAAAAGAAAUGAAGUUUUUAAAUGGAAAAGAGAAAUUAAUGAAUUACAAUUGGAAAAAGAUGAAAUUUUGAAAAUUGAUUCUAAUACCAGUUUAUCAAUAAUUGAUAAUCUCAAAAUAACGAAAAAAUAUUUGGAAUCUAAAAUUUUAAAUGAUGAAAAAUUUACGAUUGAAUUUGAUACAAUACAAACAAUUCAAAAUGAGAUUGAAAAAUUGGAAAAUAGAUUAACUGACUUAGAUGAAAAGAUGAAUUCUUUACGACACCAAAUUGAUCAACAAUUUAUAGAUUAUAAAUUAGUUUGUUAUUCAAUUUUUGCAGUUUUCAUUCAUAGAGGUGAAGCAAGUUAUGGACAUUACUGGAUAUAUAUUAAAGAUCCUCAUAAUGAAAAUAUUUUUAGGAAAUAUAAUGAUGAGAUUAUAACUACUGUUCCAGCAUCUGAAGUAUACAACUUUGUUGAAAAUAAUACUGCAACUCCUUAUUAUAUUGUUUACGUUAAAGAUGAAUUAGAAUUAGAUUAUAUAGAACCAUUAAAAAGGGUAAUCAAAGAAUAA